ACACACCAGAAAAACUUUUAAACACAUUAGUGUAUCAACUGGGUUUGAAUUUUGCAUUGAGAGCAGGCCAAGAACAUAGGAAUCUUAGAUGUGGACCUUAUAGUCAAAUUACAGUGAAACAGGAUUCUGAUGGCAAAACAUAUUUGGAAUACAGAGAAGAUGUAUCAAAAACUAAUGCCGGAGGACUUCUCCAUCGUAAGGUGACACCAAAAGUUACAAGGGCCUAUGAAAACACAGUACUUCCAGACCAAUGUCCUGUGAAGAUAUACCAGAAAUUCAUGAGCCUAAGACCAAAAACCGGAAAAUGCAGUGCAUUGUACCUAAGGCCAAAGAAGACCCCCAGCCCGGACUGUUGGUACUGUGAUUCUCCACUGGGUGUACAUAUCUUGCAGCAGACAGUGGGGAAGUUGUGUGAGGAGGCUGGAUUUAAAGGAUAUUUCACUAACCAUUCCCUACGAGCGACUGCUGCGACACGCCUCUAUAAGGCAGGAUUCGACGAACAAUUAGUGGCAGAAAAAACUGGACAUCGGUCAGCGGCCAUUCGUUCAUAUAAGCGUACAUGUGAUGCGCAGCUGGCAAAUGUUAGCAGUGUUGUGCAAGGAAUUGAAAAUAUGGCAUCACCAGUGAAAAAAUUAAAACUUGCUGACUCCAGUAAUACUAAUACUAAUAAUAGGGAGUUAUCUGUUAGCGCGGGUGAGGUGUCAUUUACCCUAAGAUUCUAAAAGGGAGUACAUUGUAUCUGUAACAGUGGAUUUACCUGUAUAUAUCCAGUGGAUUGAUCACCCUUGUGUCAAUUUUGUAUUGUUUCAAUAAUGCAAUUAAAUUUUGAUGGAUAUAUUGUCAUGCUCCAGUUUCUAUGUUCUACUUAAACUGGUCCAAAAACAUGUCCGUUAUUUUUAACAAACUGUACAAUAUUAAAAUAUUGGACAGUUUUAUGAUCUUAUUGGACAGUUUUUGUAACAUAUUGGACAGUUAUGCAUAUAACAGUACUCAUAUUCUAUAUAAUGGACAAUUAUAACAAUGGAUGGCAU